UCUUUCUUCUCCCAAUACUGAUUGCACAUGCGCAAAAAAAUAAAGUCAUCUGUAAACAUCAUGUCCGUCCGUCAGCUGACGAAGUACGUUUAAUACAUUGCGGGAUUAAUUUAAAGUUGAACGUGCUUGUUCUUUGCUAAAGAAGAAGAAAAAAGUUGAACGUAUCAUAAAAUUAUGUCGCGACAAACGAAAUUGUGCACGCCACUUUCCAGGAAUCUAACUAGUCACAUUAAAAUCUGCGAAAACAGUGAGCAAUAUGUCAUCAACUUCUUGCAAAAUUUGCUGCCACCGUCUGAUUGUAAAUCUAUUUCAGAUGAAAUGCGAAAGACUUUUAUAUUUAAUAAGUUUAAAGUAAAACCCAAGCUAAAGAGAAAUCGUGGAGGUAAAUUUUUAUCAGCUAGGAAAAGAUUACAUAUGGAAUUGGGCAAAGUUGGUCAUAAGAAUCAAAUAAAAUAUUCCAAUCUUUUGCCUUUAAACCAAUUGUGGUUGAGCUAUAUACGGAAAGUGCUCGGUGUUGAGUCGUUUACUAGCAUACCUGAAAAUUCCAAUAAUCCAAACUGGGAGAAUGUAAAUCAGCAAUUGAUAAAGGCUGAUUUUCAUGGUGCUAAAAUUUCAAUUGAAAAAUCAAAAUGCCCAACUUUGGUAGGACUUACAGGAAUUGUUAUACAAGACACAAAAAAUACCUUUAGAAUUUGCGGCCUGGACAAUGUUAUUCGAACAAUACCAAAAGAUGUAGUGAAAAUUCAUAUUCAUUUAGACAAUGGUGUAAUAUUAAAAGCAUUUGGACGACAACUCCGUAUAAGACCUGUAGAACGAGCAGUUAAAAAAUUUAAAAAUACAAGAAUAGUUCAAUUGUAAUGUUGUAAAUAUUUAUAAUAUAACAUAUUAAUAAAUUCAAUGUC